UCCCAGUCUAACCAGUCUAUCCCAGUCUAACCAGUUUAUCCCAGUCUAACCAGUCCAUCCCAGUCUAACCAGUUUAUCCCAUUCCAACCAGUCCAUCCCAGUCUAACCAGUCUAAUCAGCCUAUCCCAGUCUAACCAGUAUAACCAGUCCCUUCCAAUCUUACCCAUCCCUCCCAGUCUAACCAGACCUCCCAGUCUAACCCAUCCCUCCCAGUCUAACCAGUCCCUCAAAGUCUAACCCAUCCCUCCCAGUUUAACCAGUCCCUCAAAGUCUAACCCAUCCCUCCCAGUCUAACCAGACCUCCCAGUCUAACCAUUCCCUCCCAUUCUAAUCAGUCCCUCCCAGUCUAGAUACAGAUAUGGAGUAGUGGAUGUUAACGUCUGUUGAUAUUUCUCUCUCAGAGAUCGUCACUGGUCUGAAGUUCAGUAGUGACUGCAGACACCUGAUCACUGUGUCAGGUGACAGUUGCAUCUUUGUGUGGUGUCUCCCUCCUGAGCUCACCAUAAGGAUGAGACAGCGUCUCUGUGACCUUCAACCUCCCAGCAGCCCUCAGAACUCCCAGAAUGCACCUCAGCAACGGGCGGUGAAGUUUAGAGGAGAGCCAGUGGCGUUGUCUCCUCAAGUCGUCAUGAUGUCGUCUGACAGUGAAAAGGAGGACGAGGAGGAAGAGGAGGAGCCUAACAGCCCUUAUAUGGUCGCGGCAGGAAAGCUGGAGGAUAAAUCAGAUCAGUGUGACGAGACAUUUGAGAGCAGGGAGGACGGCGAGACGACAUCCGACUGCCGCCUUCCUCGCCGGCGCUGGUCUCGGAGGGCGGGUGGUGCCGACAGCGUCCUCAUGGUGAAGUCCAUGUUGGACCUUCGUCUGCUGGACUCCUUCAGUCUGCAGAGGGAGGAGGAGGCGGAGCUUCAGGAGCAGGAGGGGAAGGCCCGACCUCUGACCUCGCCCUGCAGCCAAAGGAGGCCAGGCCAAGCCGAAGAGAGAAGCCUUCGCCGGACCAAUCAGGAGCUGGGGAGCACCGCCAGUCUGCAGGUCACCGCCCCCUGGGUGGAGGAUGAGGAGCCAGGGACCAAUCGGAGGCCGGAUUUCAUCCGACUGUCCAAUCAGAGCCCAGACAGAGAGGAGGUGGUGCUUUAUCCUGACCAAUGGGAGGACAGAGUGAGCCUGGCAGGAAGUGAGUUCCAGGUAAAGGAGGCGUGUCCUGCUGCAGGUGGGCGUGAGGAUAAACCAAGUCCAGACAGCGGCUGUUCCCUGGGCUUCAACUCCAGACUGUCGAGUCCUGCAAGACCAGGAAACGACUCGGAGCGUCUCAGUCUAGACGGGAACUCGUCUGAGCUGGAGGAGGACGAUGAAGAGGAGGGAGGAGGAAGAGGAGGCAGAGUCAGUCAUUCUCAGAACAUCCCUCAGACUCCAGACCAGGAAGCUUUCCUGAAGGAACACUUUGUCACUUUGGCCGACCAAUCAGGAUCAGGAAGUCCAAGACGAACGUGUCACAGCUCGAGUGAGAGUCUCAGCAUGUCAUCCAGGUUCUUGUCUCAGAGCGCACCUGGAAGUCGCUUCGAUCCUCGGCUUCCUUCACGGCACACCACUGGAGGGGACGGGGCAAGAGUCCCUCCCCCGGUCUCUGAGGUCCGCCCUCUGAUGGAGAAAGACCAGGACAGUAGGCCAUCAUGGCAACAGGAGCAACCUGGCAUGCCUGCUGAACUGGUGAGACCUCAACCAAGGACCAACCAGGACCAAACUGAUCCACACCAGAACCAAGGACCAACUCAGGGAGCUGCCAUCAAAAUAAACCUGACCUCAUCCCAGAGUAACCUAGUCUCCUCUGGACUCCGCAAGACUCAGUCAGUCCAGAGUCUUCUGACCAACACAGGUGACCCCUCUCUCACCACCCCGUCAUCUCGUUUAUCCAGAGAUGUCCCCCCUCAGCUGCUCCUCCCCCCUCAGCGUCCCACUACCCUCCCAUCCUCCCCUCGGCGUCCUCCAGCCAUAGCCCCGCCCUUGCAGAGAUCUGGCCCUGCCUCCCCAAAGUCCAGUGUCCCUGAUACCACUGCAACGUCUAGUGCUGGCUCCACUCUCAGGAAGUCCUCCCCCUCCCCGUCUUGCCACUCCCCCCGCUCCUACAUGAGUCCCACCGCCAGCUCCAUGGCGAAGAUGUCCCGCUCUGUCUCUGUGGGUGAUGGCCUUAACGACUCAUUAGAGGGCGUGUUAGUGACAUCAUCAACCCCAUCCUCACACCCUAAAGAGACAACCACCCCUCUGGUGACUGUGGUGCCCUCUAAUGCAGCUCAGGCCACGCCUCCUCAAGCUGCUGUCAUUCCAGUGGUCGUCUCCUCCUCCUCAUGUCACGGUAACUAUGGUAACCAGACAUCCCCCGGCCCACGCAGCCUGCAGGCACGUGUUGCUGCCAGUAACAGGCCCCUCCCAGAUAAACUCUCCCUCGCCACCCUCUCCUCCUCGCCACGCCAUCCCCCAGUUUCUGUCCUGCCUCUAAAUCCCCCGCGCCAGGAGGAGGAGCCUCAGACUCCCACCAGAGAAGAACCUGGAGACCCCACAGAGGAGCCAAUCAGCAUCGAGUCCUGCAGAAAUCUGACCAAUGAGCUUCAGAGUUGCUUCAGAAGAGCUACACACCUGUUCAGAAAGGUGAGUGGUUCUUCUUCCAGUGACUCCGCCACUGACCAACACCAGAUGGCUGUCGUCCUAUCAGAGGCCUUCCAGGCGAUGAGGGCGGAGCUGGACAGCCUUCCACUGAAGACGCCGAGCAUGCUGGGAGGAGAGGGGGUGCUGGGAGGGCUGGGGGAGGUGAAGACGGCGGCUCUGCUGGAGGAGUACUCACUGCUCCUCCUACAGGCCGUCCACCGGAGGGCCAACGCCCACACUGAGUGACUCCUCCCCCCUCAGAUGACCUGGUGCGGUUUUGUUCUGACCUCUGUCUCCUCAUUGGAGGAUCUUUGUCUUAAAGGAACAGUGUUCAGAAACAGUUGACUGUUUUUAAAAGUUUUUAUCGAUGUUUUUUAAAGACCUUUUCUGCACGUUUCUCUGAAUGACUUUUUUCAUUUCAUUCCCAGAACGAGUAAAGGAUCAAUACUGAUCUUAGAUUAUUGUUUAUUGAUCCUUUUAGACUGUAGAGACUUAAAGAACAGCAAUAGGACAUGUUUGUCACUGACUGUAUGUAAAUGUUUUCUCCUGAUGUCACUUGAAUGGAACACAGACGCUGCGUUCGGGUGUCAGUAGGUAUUUAUUGUGUUGAGCUGUUACAGACUUGAACUGUGAAUUUUUCACAGCCAUCUUAGAUGAACACUACAGACCGUCUUUGGUAUACACUUCAAAGGUCACCUCCAGAUUUCUCCACAGUUUUUCAGAUUUAAUAAACUUCAGACUUGUUCUACCUCUUCUCUUUGUUUGAUGACUCUAAAGAUCGACUGCUCUGGUCUGAUCUCCCUCCCAGAAAGCCAGUGUGUUUACAUGAACCUGAUUAGAUGUUUACAUUCAGACAGUAUUCAGAGCUUUCCAACAACACUGUAAGACUGCAAUCACAUCAUUUUAGACCAACUCAUGUCCACUUUAGACCAACUCUGGUCCUCUUUAGACCAACUCUGGUCCUCUUUAGACCAACUCUGGUUUGCCUAGACCAACUCUGGUCCACUUUAGACCAACUCUGGUCCAAUUAACAACAACUCUGGUCCACUUUAGACCAACUCUGGGCCACUUCAGACCAACUCUGGUCUGCUUAGACCAAUGCUGGUCCACUUUAGACCAACUCUGGUCCUCUUUAGACCAACUCUGGUCCACUUUAGACCAACCCUGGCCCACUAAAGACCAACGCUGGUCUGCUUUAGACCAACCCUGGCCCACUUUAGACCAAUGCUGGUCCACUGUAGACUGACUCUGGUCCACUUAAGACCAACCCUGGCCCGCUUUAGACCAAUGCUGGUCCUCUUUAGACCAACGCUGGUCCACUUUAGACCAACUCUGGUCUGCUUAGACCAGGGGUGCCCAAAUUUUUUUUCAGUGAAGUGUCAAAAAUGAAUCGGUGUGGAGGGUCACAGGCCAAAAGUAAACAUUCAUGUUGCAGUGCAUGAAAUUAAAUAUGCAUAUAGCAUAAUUAUGCAAAAUAAAAAACUUAUACAAAGUAAUUUUGAAAAUGAAUAACACUAUUCUUUAUUGUGUUUUACUGCAUGAAAUUACUGAACAUCUAUAUGGCACAAAUACUAUGCAGGCAUACUGCCUUGAAAUCAAUUUUAAUAAAAAAAGUACUCAUGUUCCCAACUAUUUUUAAAUUUUCUCAUAUCAUUGUGUACCACUGCCUCACAUGCUCCAUCUCUGCCAUGACCCCAGCUUGACCCCAGCGUCUUCUCACAUGACUCUCUGGUCAUGGGCUUCUGAGCUGAUUGGAGCUCAACAGCG